AACCCGGGGAGGGGCGGGUAAGGAGAGUGCUGUGGCUCAAGAUAAGGGACUGGGCCCCUGGUGGGCGGCGCUUCGUGGGUUGGUUCCGCGCUAGUUGGGCCGGUACCUGGCGGCACCGCGGGUCUCAGUCCAGGCUGCUCCGGAAAUGCUUUCGGCGGGCACAAACAUGGCUGCGGCCUUGCGAGCUGCAAGCGGCCUGCUCCAGGGUCGGUUGGUGCAUGGCGGCUUGAGGACCCAUCAGCCAUGGAGGUGCCAGUUGGGUACAGCAGCAGCAGUGACCACUACCACAGAGUCAGCUCAGAGCGCUAAAAGUGCAAAGCCUGAAGUUCAACCAGAAAAGAGGAAACCCAAAACAGGAAUAUUAAUGCUAAACAUGGGAGGCCCUGAAACUCUUGGAGACGUUCACGACUUCCUUCUGAGGCUCUUCUUGGAUCGAGAUCUCAUGACACUUCCCAUUCAAAACAAGCUGGCCCCAUUCAUCGCCAAACGGCGAACCCCCAAAAUUCAAGAACAGUAUCGCAGGAUUGGAGGUGGAUCACCAAUCAAGAUGUGGACUUCCACACAAGGAGAAGGCAUGGUGAAGCUGCUGGACGAGUUGUCCCCAGACACAGCUCCUCACAAAUACUAUAUUGGAUUCCGGUAUGUGCAUCCUUUAACGGAAGAAGCAAUUGAGGAGAUGGAGAGCGAUGGGCUGCAGAGGGCUAUCGCGUUCACGCAGUAUCCACAGUAUAGCUGCUCGACCACAGGCAGCAGCUUAAAUGCCAUUUAUAGGUACUAUCAUGGGAUGGGAAAGAAGCCUACCAUGAAGUGGAGCACUAUUGACAGGUGGCCCACGCAUCCGCUCCUCAUCCAGUGCUUUGCGGACCACAUUCUCAAAGAACUGGACCAUUUUCCACUUGAGAAGAGAAGCGAGGUGGUCAUUCUGUUUUCUGCUCACUCCCUGCCAAUGUCUGUGGUCAACAGAGGGGACCCCUACCCUCAGGAGGUGGGCGCCACUGUCCACAAGGUCAUGGAAAAGCUCGGUUACUCCAACCCCUACCGACUGGUUUGGCAGUCCAAGGUUGGCCCGGUACCCUGGUUGGGGCCUCAAACAGAUGAGGCCAUCAAAGGGCUUUGUGAGAGGGGAAGGAAGAACAUCCUUUUGGUUCCAAUAGCCUUUACCAGUGACCACAUUGAAACACUGUACGAACUGGAUAUCGAGUACUCGCAGGUUUUAGCCAAGGAGUGUGGAGCCGAAAGCAUCCGAAGAGCAGAGUCCCUUAAUGGAAAUCCGCUGUUCUCUAAGGCGCUGGCAGACUUGGUGCACUCACACAUCCAGUCAAACAAACUGUGCUCCAAGCAGUUGACGCUGAGCUGUCCGCUCUGUAUAAAUCCUGUCUGCAGGGAGACUAAAUCCUUCUUCACCAACCAGCAGCUGUGACCCAGGGACCCUGUGGGAUUAGGCAAAUGCCUGACAUCUAGACUCCUCAGAUGGGAAGAGGACGCUAUUUAGAGAUGGAAGCAGAAGCCACAUCAGUGUCUGCACAACUGUGAUUUCCUGAGAAGUGGACCCUAAACCUUACCGAGAGACUUCAGUAUUCAUAUACAGUAAACGCUUAUAAUCCCUCUCGGGGUAAAUUUACUAGUUUUGGAUUUCCACAAGGACAUUGGAAAAAUGAAUUUUGAGAAUUUAUCUUGUGAGAUAUACACCUAUUUUACAUACAAAUUUUGCUUUUGUUGCCUAAAAAAACCCCUGAAAGAGUCCAGAGGGUUCGGUCUGCCCCCUCCUUGGGAUCCGUGUGACUGAGAUCUGUUUAUAGCCUCAUGCAUUUAGUUGCAGUUUUUAAAAUGAAUAUAGUUGAGUUUAUGAAAUACAGUCUGAAGAGGAAAUAUGUCCUGUCUUUUCUGUAUGUCUGUGCAUGGGAACAGAAGGCCGGUGCAGGGGGUUGGUUGCCCACCAUGGCUCUGUCUCCAGGGAGGCCACGGUUCGCUGGGCAUUGUGGUGUCUGUGUGACAGUUUCACUUUUAUCACCCCCAGCGGAAUCAAGUGCAGAUUUGGGAAGUGCUCUGUGCUUCCCCAGGAACACGAGGAUGAUGUACACCUAGAAAUCCACGUUUGUCUUAGGUGCCCUGGUAAGUCCUUGGUGCCUCAGGGAAGGGGACGUCCUGUCGCGGGGACUGUACUGCCCAGAGAACUCCCAAAGGCCAAGCUCUAAACCUGCCCCACCCGAGGCCAGGGCUGUCUUACUGGCAGCCUCUUCUGAUCUUAGUUGAAUGUCCCCUUUCUGCACAAUGAUAUAUUAUUUUAUAAAGUCAACUAUAUUUUAUAAUCCUGAAUUCUUUCUCAAUUUACAUGUUUUUAUUGGAAAAUUAUGUUUCCAUAUAGUAGGACAUUUGACAAAUACAAAGAAGAAAAAUAACCACUUGAAUACAAUAACUUAUCAUCUUAUUGUGUUUCAUGCCAGUCUUUUCCUGUGGCUAUUUUAUGUCAUUGUCACCUUGAAUUUUUGAGUGAAAAGUUAUUCUAAACUUGUAGAAAUAAUGCUAGGUCAGAUCUGAUCUUCUAUAUUUGGAAAUAAAUGGAUUAAAAAAAAAAUCUCUGAUGGAUCCAUGAAGAACUUACAAUGAUUGCUUUCUCUUUCUUCUAAGCUCUAAAACUUUGUCCUAAAAAGAACAUUUCUUUGAUUUUUUUUUUAAAAGCCAAUUCAUAAAGUGGAAGUAAUUAGGGGAUUCAUAGAUCUUUUAUUCAGGAUUUGCUUUUGAUAAAUGUUAAAGAUGUCAUUAGGAUUUUA